AAUGCCGCUGUUUGACUCAAUACAACUAAAAGAAUCCACAGAAGUUGUAGAAAAAGUAAAAAGGGGCCAUGCUCAAUUAUUUGUUACUUAUUCUAAAUCAAAGAAGAAUGAACCAGAUUCCAAGUUGCCGAAUAUUUCAACAAUCUUUCAAGCAGCUUACAGAGAAAGGAAGUUAAUAGAAGAAAGAGAGUUUGAAAAACUUAUAAUUAGUCAAAUGAAGGAACGUUUAAAAGUGAAUGAGGUCGCGAAGAAAGACAUUCAGGCGAAAAAAGACGACCAGGAACCAAUAAGGAAUAAUAAAAAGAAAAAAGUCAUUGAUAUGAAUAUAUUUAUGUCACGAUUAAUAAAGCUAAAAGAAGCCGAAGAGGCUGAAAAAAGAGCUAAAGCUGAAGAGAAUUUACAGAAUUCUAAUCCUUCCACUCGUCUUCUCUCCAGUAAAUAUGAAGAAUUUCAAUCCGUGCAAGGAAAAUCCACUCAAAUAUCUUCACAGACCCAUGCUACUGAAGCUCUGAAAAAGCAUCCAUCAAUGGAGACUAUGAUGUAUAAGGAUCCUAGACUAUCUAAAAUUAUGGAUGCAAUAGACAAAGAAAAGGAUGAAUGGUAUUACUAUAUUCAUCAAAAGAUGUUAAGAAUUAACCAAAAAGGAAAUAUACCGAACGAAGCUUAUGAGAAAUUAUACAGAAUUCUUCAAUGCUGCUCAUUUACAACUGAAACUAUUCCGUUUGAAUUGGUACAUGCUUUAAGAAUGGAGGUUUCCUCACUUUUAGAUGACCUGUUAGAGCAAAACUUUCCCUGA